GGACAAUAUGGUUCUACCUUCUUCAGAUAUUUGGCAAUUAUUUGAUAUUGAAAAAACAGAUAAAAAAUCCAAGGCUGUGUGUAAGUUUUGCUGUUUUAAAUACGCCUUUCCAAACGCAACUCGCAUGACGAAUCAUAUAUUAAACCAAUGUUCAAAAUGUACUUUGGAAAUUAAACAAAAAUAUGGCAAUCAGAAGAAAAAGAAAGUAACAAAGAUAUCCUGCUAGAAGCAUUAGAAGAUACCAGUCUCCCUUCAACGAGCAAAAAGGACACGUCAUCAAUGUCAUCAUCUUCCGAAUCUCCAUUAUCAUCAGUAAAACGCAAGAAAGCUAGCUGCCAACAAACAUUGAGCGGGUUUUUCGAUAAGAUAGCUG